CUAAAGCGGACUUUCGAGCCCCCUUAACUUUUCCUCUUUAGUCAAUGUUUAUUUAUUUCGGAAGUAGUGUGUGCUUUAAAGGAUUGCAAAUAGGUAUCGAUGUUUUAUUGAUAGUAUCAUAAAUUCUGAUGGAAAAUGUUAAUAGUCCAGAGAUUUCAUUUACCAACCAGAGGAAUGGCUUGCUAAACGACAGUUAUCAAUCCAACGAGAGAGUGCAGAACCCGGCGAGCUCACUUUGCACACUUCGUAACAUAUUUACCAUCAUUUCCAUUUGUAUUGUGUACUUUGUGGUGUUUGCAGCGUGUUCUGUGUAUUCACCAUUCUUUCCCAGUGAGGUAAGCACUCGUAUUUAUUGAUGAAUGAUAUAUAUCAGAAGAUGAGCAAAUGAAUGCUAUUGUUAAAAUAAAACUCAGUAAGUCACACAAAUAAUGACAAAUCGUAAUAUCAACUGGGGGCUUGCUGCAUACUGCCUUUCAUCUGUCUCCUGGAUAAGGAGUGUUGUUUCAAGGGGAGAGGGGUGAGGCAAGGCUAUAGCAAUAGGAGGAGCUUAGUGAGAAUUAUCGUGCAUAAUUACCCCAAUCAUCGAUUAUUGAAUCUAGAGUCAAUUAAGUAGAAAGAUUGAUUUUUGUGCCAGUGUCAUUUUUUUAUUUUGUUUCAUAAGUUUGUGAUUUAUCAUCUAAUUUAUUUUUCUAUGUUGACUUAAAGGCUAGAGAUAAAGGUGUUUCUGGAGCUGUAGUGGGUUUGAUCUUAGGAACUUAUUCGUUUGUGAUUUUCAUCUUUUCGCCAUUUUGUGGAGUUCUUGUAAGUAUUUGACUCUUAAUGAUAUCCGUGAUAGUUAAAAUAUUUGAACCAUUUUUUGUAUAUUGACCAUCAUUCCCUUUUUCAGAUUCAGUAUUUUAUUUUAGUAAUAAUUUCUGUGAUAAACAACUUGAUCACAUUCAGAUCAGAGUGAGGCUCAACAUGGCAGAACCUGAAAGAGUCUACUUUCAUUUUAAGAGAUUAAUUUGCAUGAAAGAAAAUAGUCUAUUAUCAAUGACAAGUCUUUAUUUUGCAUCUUGAACCCUUUAUACACUAAUGGUGACAAACAUCCAAGUUCUCCCCACAGUAAUACUGAUGAGUCAUUUGUUAAGAUCAUGAGAAUAAAAGAAAUGAUCGCCAACCUGAGAAGCUUUGUUUGAUGAAUUCUCCUUCUUUGUACUAAAGAAAUGUCAAGAAAAGAGUUUGGAGAAAAUAGAUACUGACAUUUGGGCGUAAAGGGACAAUAUGAUGAUUUAUUAGAACCACAUGGCCACAACUCAAUUACACAUAGUUUUCUCCUUGAAUCAACAAUUGAAUUCCAAGCUUUUUCACAAUCAUUUACUGAUGAGAAAUUUUUAUCAAUUGCAGAUAACAAAAUACGGCCCUAGGUUUGUUCUCUACUCAGGGCUUGUUCUUUGUGGGGGAUCAUUGGUUUUAUUUGGGUGAGCCAAAACAAUGGAUUUAAUAUGUAUGAUUUUUUCAGUAUUUAAUUACACAAUGAAUCCUUGAAUUGUAAACCUUCUUUCUUUGCAUUACUCUUAUUCUUGAACCUGUAUUGAUAUGUACAGUUCUCAGAUUCAGCUCUUGUCCAAUCGCUUGAUCAGCUGGGCAAGAAUUAAGCUAGUAAAUAUGCUGAGUAAUGUUAUAGACAGUCAAGAUGAAAUGGUCUUGAAAGUUAACUCUGAAAAGAUCUAUUUGUAAAGGCAAAAAGUAAGAAGUUAAAAAGACCUUUCUCCUUUAUGGUUUGAAGGCUUUUUAAACAAAGAGGUAUCUAUAAUGGCUUUCGUAUUUUUCAGAUUUUGUGGCCAGAUUGUAGAUCGGGAUGCAUUUACAGCUCUUUGCUUUAUGUUAAGAGCAACAUCUGCCAUUGGAGGGGCUGCAGCUGAAACCUCGGCAUUGACCGUCUUAUUGGAAAAAUUCCCAGAUAAUGUUGGAAUGGUUUCAGUAUGUGGGAUUUCGUUUCUUGAAUUCAAACUAUGUUGUUUAAUAUAUACAUUGUUGGCCUUAAAAUGUGAAUAUUAUAUUGUCACAUGCAUGGUAACGAUGUACUUUAAAGGGUAAUUAAGAUGAACUUCGAAUUAGUUUAUAAAAAUAUCUGUAUCACAAAAAUGUGGAGUUAUUAUAUGGUAUUGUGAUGAACUUGUUUUGCAAAAUAUUUAAGGUUACUCUAUAAACCCCCUGGAAACAGACAUCACUCAGGAGCCACUGUGUAGGGCUUGUCAUGACAUUCCCUGAGUGAUGUAUGUUUCAAUGAGUUUAGAGCCACCUUAAUCAAGUAACAAAAUGCAUGAUAAUAGGAUUUAUUCAUCAAAUUUACUAAGUACCAUUAAUAAUUUUAGCUUCUAUAAAAAAUAAAAGGAAUAAAUGGUAGUAAAUAAUUGGAAUAAAUGUUAGUUGAAUAAGAUUUAGCAGUGGUAGAUUCAGAAGGUAACCUAAUUUACAGAUACUUCCAUUUUGUUAAAAUAAAAUGAUUGGAAUUUAACUGAACACUCGAUUUUAACAGUGCUUGUAAAUUGAAAAUAAGUCUGCAUUCAUGUAGCAGGGACGUGGCAACUUAUGCUCAAUAUUUCUAGUGAGUGUUAAAGCUGUCAAGGUUGAAUUCAUUUUGAUAAUACCAAGUAAGGCCUAGAGCAAGUAAAAAAAACUGUGCUCAAGGGAGAUGGUAUAUGUAAUAAGAACGUCAGGCAAAUUUCUCUUUUCCCCCUCUCCCUUCCUGAUUUGUUUCCCUCAGGCUUUUUUUUUUAUCUUGUUAGUUUACAACUUAGAGCACCUCUAAGACAAAAGUUUAUUGUAUUUUCUAGGGUGUGGUGGAGAUAUGUACUGGAGGUGCAUUUUCCUUUGGUCCAGUUAUGGGGGGAAUUCUUUACACGGUAUGAUCUUUACCUGAAUUAUUAUUUUUGUAAUAUGUUAUUAUGAAUAUUAUGUUAAAAGCAUCAUUGAAUGUGUGAAAUUCAACACGAAAGUCUUGUCAACAUUAUAUUCUAAAACCAUGGAGGUGGCACAGCCAAGUUGUUAGGGCACUAGACUUGUAAUCUGGUGGUUCCAGGUUCAACUCCUUGGCUGUGCUGUAUAAAUAGCCAACUGGUCUGCUCCCACAAGUUGGGAUUUUCAAACACUUUAUGUUUAUUUGGAAUAUUUGUUUCUUUCUGUGCCCAUAUGAGCAUAUAUAAAUGAAUAUAUGCACAUUAUAAGUAUAACUUUUAUUAUUAUUAUAACUGCUAGUGGUUUUUGUUGUUUUUUUAAUUGCUAUGCUCCUAUUGGCCAGGGUCCAAUACUUGUGUUGUUUAACCGAGACAUUACCUCACCUUCCCACCCUCCCCCACACCAUAGUGAGUUUGAAUACUCAAUUACCCCAGCUUUUGUUCACAGAAUAUAAUUAUCAAGGAACAAAUUAAAGUUAUGAGUAACAAAGUAGUCUAAGGUGCAGGAAAGAAAUGUCAUCAAUACUCUUUCAUCUCAGUUGAUCUUGUUUCUAGGUUGGUGGUUUUAAACUUCCCUUCAUUGUUAUGGGUGGAACUAUGAUUGCUGUUAUUCCAAUUUUAGCCUUAACACUUGGCAAAGGUUUGAUUUUCAGAUUUUUUAACAAUCUAAUUCUUUAAAUGAUCGAAGUAUCUCAUUACCACAGAUGUCAUUUGAAAUGUGAGAGGGAGGUCAGGUUAAAAAAAUAAGUCAGUCAGUCAGUCAGCAAGUCAGCAAGUCAUUAAGUCAGUUAGUCAAUCAGUCAGUCAGUCAGUUAGUCAAUCAGUCAGUCAGUUAGUCAAUCAGUCAGUCAGUCAAUCAGUCAGUCAAUCAGUCAGUCAAUCAGUCAGUCAGUUAGUUGAUCAGUCAUUCAGUCAGUUUGUCUUUUAGUCAGUCAGUCAAUCAGUCAAUCAGUCAAUCAAACAUCCUGUAAUAUAUUUAGUGUCAUUUUGAGCCACAUUUGUCCAUUUCUGAGAAGUUGCUAUCGAAAUAUUUCAGAUUAAAUUAAAUUAAAUACAUUUAUAUAGCGCCAUCUUCCAUUAAUUGUCCAUGGCGCUUUACAAUACUCUAAAAACCGGAAAAAUUAAAAUCCUAAGAAUUAAAUGCACCAUAACUACAAGUAAAAACUACAAAUCAAAUGCACGCUUAAAAGAUAAGUCUUAAGAUUAGCCUUAAAAACUACCUCUGAUGAUAAAAGCCUGGUCUUGAGUGGUAGUUUAUUCCAGAGCCUUGGUGCCACCACGGAAAAAGCCCUUUCACCAUACGUUUUAAGAUUCGCUCUAGGCUCAUCAAGCUGUUGUUUGAAGAUCUUAGUGUGCGACGAGAGUCAUUAUACUGCAAUAGGUCUUUAAUGUAAUCUGGGGCCAGUCCAUUCAGAGCUUUUUAAGUCAGCAGCAAUAUUUUAAAAACUAUCCUAUAAUGAACUGGCAGCCAAUGUAAGCUCCUUAGUAUUGGUGUGAUAUGUUCCUGCCUUCUAGUCAAGGUAACAAGGCGAGCUGCUGAGUUCUGUAAAAGCUGAAGUCUAUUAAUCAGAUACUUUGGGAGACCAUACAGUAGGGCAUUACAAUAGUCCAAACGCGAUGUUAUGUAAGCGUGAAUAUGUUAUUUUUAUUUAAAAACUUCAUACCAGGAGACAAGAAAAACGAUGACAAGGAAUCAACAUCCACGUCAAAAGUGCUAAAAAUUCCAACUGCAGUCAUGCUAUGUAAGUACAAGACUAGACGUAACAUUUGGCCCAUUAUUUCUGGAAAUGGGUAAUAAAUAGUUCAUAUUACAGGAUAAUGUGAUUGCUGGUGCACCCUAGGUUGAGGGUGACCAGAAUACUUCUUUGGCAGAAAAUUUUUGUGAUGCCACGCCUGUCUCAAAAUAGGUACCUUUUAAAAUAAGGCAGGAUCAGCGAUUGAAAAGGGCAGGGGCCAUUUUUAAGGUACAGUUUUGAAGAAUAAGAGUUGUUACAAUUGUUUAAGAGUUACCAAAAUGAGAUUGGUCUCUAAUAAAUUUUUCUUGCCAUUUUCUUCCAGCUGUCUGCUUUAUUAUCUGUGGUUUGUCAUUUUCUUACCUUGAGCCCAUCUUGGGCCCGCACUUAAAGCAGGUACAACUACGACUUUUAGAUAAAUUAUUAUGUCAGGUGUUUUUGAGGUAACAGCUAAUGCUUCAUUCUGUCACAGAACAUGCUUUGUCGGCUGGACGGAUUGAUAAAACUCUGGCCAAUCUUUGAAAGGCAAACCUGGGCGCGAGAAUCUUAUAACGCAGCACCUUGAUCAAGGACGAUUCAUUAGUGAAUGUGGAAAAUACUCCAGGAUUUCGUUAGUUCUGUUUCUUUUUCUCUUGUGAUCCAGUAAACUCACGCCAACCAUUUGGAGGCAGAACUAAAACUUAUUACGACUUGGUCAUUGUCGUUUCCCCGCCCUUCACAAAGGUUCCUUUGUAUUUUCAAUUCCUUAUUAGCUCCGUGUAAUUUUCUUUUUUUCCUCAUUUGGAAUUGUGACUAUUUUGGUUUCCAUUAUGUGACAUUCAAUCGAAUUUAGCUUGCGACCAGGCCCUCAUUAUUAGCGCUGCAGGACGCGCCUUUCUCUGCAGGCGGGAAGAUUGGAAACGAGUCGUGGAGAGGUUUGCUGGGAUCUGACAGACCUCACACAUACCGCUGGUCGGCUUGCUUUUCCAAAGAACUCAGACUUUAUCGCGGGCUAAGAAACGCUCGUGUUGCAACGCUUUUAAUCGAAAUGCGAUUAAUUAUUCCUUUUGGAAAAUUGAGUUCGCCAAACUCUUAGAUUCGUCUGUCUUAAAAGCUGAACUUAAUUGUCCAUUUUGUAAGAUUUUCAAUGGAUGGAAUCUAUUUACUUCACAGAUGGAUCAAAAUCCAACACAGAUUGGUCUUGCUUUUCUUUAUUGGUCUGGGACUUACGCCCUGUUAGCACCAGUAGUCGGCUGCAUAGGAGAUAAAACGGUAAGUUUUCUCUUUGGCAUAGUAACAAAGACUUCUUUUUGUGAAUUUUUUUGUGAUAGGUGGGGGCAGGGCGGGGUUUCCAGUGCGUUAUGGAGUGCGUAAGGAAAUGUUCAAACUUAGGCUCACGAGAUUAAUCUUGGUGACCAACAGGGUACAAUUCUACUCAUCGAAAGUGUCUUUCUGAGGGAUUGGGGAAUGGGGUGUAGUGCAUGAAAUGGAUCAUCGUAAACAUUAAAGAGUGUUGUGGGAAAAUAGUAACUUUUGGCGAUGUCUAGCUGUGAAGUGUCUUUCCAAAUAUUUUCUGCUUCGAUAUUUGUAGGUCCUCUAAAGACGAAAGUUACCAUUUAUACCUCCGAUUUACCGUUGAUUCAAUUGUCAACUUGAGUCGUCACCUCAGAGAAAAAGUCAUGCGCUCUGCCAGCUGUGUUGUUUACAACUCGUGUUACCAGCCUUUCUUCGUGUGAUUUGGUGUCUUAUGAGUUAAAAAUAAAAGCAUGAUUUUGAUGCAAUUCCAUGUUUCUUAACAAAUCUCUUCACAGAAAUGUUAUCGAACGAUGAUAAUUUUAGGUUUUAUUGGUUUUGUCAUUGGACAUCUGUUGCUGGGACCUGCUCCAUUUCUUACGUUUUUACCAGCCAAGUAUGUGUACUGAUCAUUCUGUAUAUUAUUAUAAUCAUGUUAGCUAAAAGUGUUAGUUAAAGUCAAAGUUUCAGGCGUGGACGGAAUUCAAACCCGUGUCUUUCUGGCCCAAGAACUCAAGAUAGUGACCAGGCCAGAGGUCUCGAACCCAGACCCUCGACCCGUGGUCGAGCACGCUAUCAAUUAACCCACAACGUUCUAUAAACCAAACACCAAGUUCAUACAUAUUUACUUACCAGUGAUGUCCACAAGGGAGGGUAUAGGUAGGCUAACAAAAUGUUGAUCAGAGUCGUUAGUCAUCUUGUUUAGCAAUUCUGCGGGUCUCGCUGUAUGAAGACCCAAUGGUCUAUGAGAAAAAAGGGUUGGUUCUCAUUUUACUGCAUACGUGGCAAACUGUGUUAAAUUUUUUUUCUAUCCACUAAAAUAAAUACUGUGUCCUAAACAAUAUUAAAGAGCCAAAACAACCUUUAUUACCUCGACAUUUUGGAAAGGGUCUGUGUUCAGGAAUUAAGAAAAAGAUAUAAAUAACUCGUCAGAGGUGAAUGUCUACAGCUCGCACUACUUUACACUAAACUCAAAGGUAUUGGAAAUAUGUCAACAAAAUUAAUAAACCGAGAAAAUUCUGGUGACCGGUUUAAGCUUUCCAAAAGUAAUCCGUAUGUACAUGUUCAAAAACUUCAGAGGUCAAUGAACCUGCGAUCCGACACAUAUUUGUAGUUGUGAUUAUCAAGUUUCACGGCUAUCUCCAGAACUGAGGUUCAGUCACCUUUGAGAAAUGUUAUGUUAUAUUAAUGAUAAAACUUCUUCGAUCCCGCUAUUCUUGCAGGACGAUUUGGCUGGUUAUUCUUUCAAUGUUCCUUUAUGGAAUUUCUGGUGCACUUGGUUUUGUACCCAUCAUGCCUGAGCUUAUUAAAACUUUAAGGUAAGUGCCAAUAUAUGUUUUAGUAAAUACAACAACCAAUGCAAGGGGGGCGCAAAAGGAGUGUUACUAAUUUAACAGUAAUGCCCAAAGCUAUACUUCAUCUUUAAGUGUUAGCUUUGAUACUCAUAUUCGCGACCUUAAUACUCUAACCUCUAAGAUCUAAUUUCUCCUCUGAAUCAAACAUUAAGGUCAUGAAGGUAAAGGAAAUGAUCGGCAAGUUCUUCUAGUCAGUACCAUAACGAAUGUAUACAGAACAGUAUGUGGAAUAUGAAUACAGACUUUAGGGUAUAAAGGUUUAAAGAGUAUGAAAACCCUAAGAACGUACAUUUUCUGUUCACGUAGCUGUUUAGUAAAUAUAUAAAGUACAGCAAAGGUAUAAUUUGUCCAUUUUCACCCUGUGAAAGCUCUUCCAAAUUCGAAACAUUCGCCAUCUUUCCUGUGACGUCACGGGUAGAACCUCUCGAUUCUGAAGGUCAAAAGCUGCAGCCGCUGUUUGCCGGUCUGUUAACGAUUUUCGUACGUACAAUAAAUAAAUAUUUGUGACGAAUUUCCCAGGCAAAUAUACAGCUAUGAUAGGUGGGAAUAUGUUUGGUGACUUAAUAAAUUACAACCACGAGAAUUCUGACUACAAGAGAUGAUGAUUUCGGCUUUCCAAUGUCACUUAUUAUGCGUCGGUGUCUGUCUUUUUUGUGUGUGUGUGUGUGUGUGUGUGAGUGAUUUUAUGUGUGUAUGCUUUGCAUUUGAACUGUUCAAUUAGUGUAAUCAAGUCCUCUUCUUUUCCUCUCUGUUUGUGAACCUUUGUAAUUAUUUUUUACGAGUACAGCGACUCCCGAUAACUCGAACCUUCAAGAUAAACUAAAAAGAGAGUCCUUUAUUUUUUCUGGAGGGUUCGAGUUAUCUAGAGUAAAGUCGCGAUAAAUGAGUGGCGGAUUUUCAGAGAAAUUGGUUUUGGUUCGAGUUAGCGAGAAGUUCGAAUUGGCGAGUGUUGAGUUAUUGGAAGUCAACUUUAUUGAUUUAUUGAUUGAUUCUUUUAAACAUAUUUGUGUACUUGCUUGUUGCUUCUUUUUCCCUUGCAGGGUAAAUGGAAUGCCCGAUAAUUCAUCCACAAACGCGCUUGUGUCAAGUAUUUAUAGUUCUAUGAACUAUUUAGGGUAUGUACACUUUUUUACUGAUUCUUUAUCUCUUUUGUUUUAAUUGCUGAAGCAGCAACGAUAUAAGGGAGUGCAGACGCUAACAUCCACUCUUAAAGCGGAUCAUGCAUAUUUUUUCAACUCCUUCUUUACAGAGCAACAAUUGGGCCCAUUCUGGCUGGAGUAUUAGAUGAACAUUUUGGAUUUGAGUGGGCCAUGAGUGUAAGUGUUUUUUCAUCAUUAGAGGCAUUUGAUCUACGCUACGAAACUUGAUAUUAUAAAGAGUUUAGGGAUAAGUCAGUAUUUAUCGACUGGGGCGGUGGGGUGGUAAUGGAGGAUUUUGGUGGGGAUCACAUGGUUUUCAAAGGAAACAGAUGGGAGAUCAUUCGUCGCCAGGCGACUGCCAAAUAAAUACUAUUGAGGGGGGGAACUUAGGAAUAUUUCAAAUAUUUUAGUAUAUUUUAACGUGACACCAAAAUCUUUAAUCCCCCCUCCCCUCCCCCCCUUCCCUUCCUCCUCUCCCAGGUGAUAAACAAUGACCUUUGCCUUGACAGAAAUAACCAUUCACAUAACAAGGAUUUUUUCUCGGUUUUUUACUUUUAUGCAGGUAGCAGCUUUCAUCUGCUUUUUUCAAGUGGGUACACUGAAAAUUUUACUUUCCAAUGAUUUGUUUGCUAUAUCUUCCACUGAUUAGUUCUGUCAUACUUUAACUUAAAGAAGAUAGUUUUUUUUCGAAAAGAAGAUUUUUUGUCUGUUAGGUUUUGUUCUUCAAGUUUAAGAAAUAUUUUUCUGUUAAUAUCUUCAUUUAUUGUUUUGUUUUUUAUAUACAUAUUAGGUCGUGCUGAUUUGUUUUUUCACGUUGCGUGAAAAUUUAUCUCAAAGGUCAGUAGCCAAGUCGAUACAGGUAGCACAAGUUGUUUUUGUAAAAAGCACCUUGCAAGUAACUGCCAUUGAACCUCUUUUUUGGCAUAAUCAGGAAGGAAAGUAACUGAGGUCGAUUAGAACUAAAAUACUUUGUUAUUUGUUUUGUUGUAAUGACCCAUUUGGCUUGACUUGCAUGCACGAGGACAGAAACAGAUUUUAAAUUUCUUGUAAGCUUGUCUCAUGGUCUUUAAGAGAAACCAGAUCAACGAUUUCCACGACUGCUCAUGCAAACAGAGCGCUGAAAUACAGUUUGUCAGGUAGAUUUUUUCGAAAUCCUUUUGGAAUUAAUUCGUAAUUAGCCUCUUGAAAAACACCAGGUUGCCUGAGUAAUGAAAUCCAGAUUAAGCGAACGCAACGACCCUAUUUUACCAACGUAUUAGAACUGACCAAUCACAAUUGACUAAGACCUGCUUCUUGAGUCUUCCAAGGAAACUGGCUUAUAGCAUUCGACUUAAAAUAACUCAUCGGUUGAUUGAUGACUUUCACUGGUGUUUUCGAAAGGGAGUACCUUCAACCGAACUAUUAACCUGCGCGAUUGAACAACUUUAUUAUUUUUUUUAAUUUGUAGGGAAAAUUCUGACCCAUCAGAGAGGGAACCUCUCACUCUUGACAAAUGAAAUGUGGUCAAGCUUUGCAUUAAUAUGAAGAAUUAGCCAAUAUUAUAAAAUAGUUUGUUAGUAAGUUAACGUUUGCAAUAGAAUAAGAGAGGUGGUAAAUGGUAGCACGGUAAAGAAAUAGAGAAAGAAGUUUUUCGUCUUGUCACGAGCGUAAGGCAAAGAAAAGAUUCUAAGUCCAUGAGGAAUCGAACCUCAGACCUUCGGGUGCCAGAGCGUCGGAGCGCAGAAUCCAAAGGUCUGAGAUUCGAUUCCUCGUGGGGACUCAAAAUUCCUCAUAGGGGGACUAAAAAAUUACCUCAUAGGGACUCAAAAAUCAUCUUUCUCUAAUUUUAUGUUAUCGUUCAUAUAAUAAACCAAAAGCUGUAAACAACAUAGGCUAAAACCUUCUUGAAACACCAAAAAAGAAUCUGGAAUGACCUGAAAACAUGUAAAUCUCAAAACUUGCGGGCAAACUGGAAGGGAACUUUGCAGUCAAUCGCUGAGGAAAAUUUUCAAAAGCAUCUACUACUUAAGUAAUAAACCGCUCUUUCUAAUGGUUUGCUGAGUAAUAAACCACCGCGGAACCGUUGGGAAAACUCCAGAAAGGGUUGUAAACCACGAGCCGGAGAUGGGUGGCUUUCAAACUUUUCGGUUUGAUUAUUUAAACAAAGUUUAACUGUUGUUUGAAAAAACCCGAGUUCUAAGCCAUCUUCAAUUUAGCUGAACCUUUCAUUGGAGCAUUUAAUUUUGUAAGCAGUUUCAAGAGGGCCGUAAUUAACAGUCGACGGACAUUGAUUUAAUUAAAUCAACCAUCAUACGGAUAAAACCUGAGGUUUGUGUCAGAGUUCUUGUAAAUAACCGGCCCCUCCAUUUGAAAUCUUGAAUUUAAGCUUUCAUGGAGUUCUCGUCAAAAUUUUCCCCAGAAAGUGCUAAAAACGCUUAAAUUUAGAAAAAAAAACUAUCAAAUGAAAGGUGAAAUCGCGGAAAGUAAAUAAAAACCUUUUCUUUCUUGGUGAGAAGCUUGAGGAA